AUGGGUACUCAUCUUAAAUAUCUUCAAUUACUUCAAAAAUCAAAAAUCGCAAUAGAACAAACAUUAAUAGAUGUAAAAAUUUGUGAAACAAUAGAUGCAAGUCUUAGAGUUUAUGUAUUAUGCAAUAAAUUUUGGGAUGAUCUAGACUUGAUAACAAAAAAAAUGAUAAAUAUAAUUCAAAAUAUUCCAUACAAUUUUUAUGACAAAAUUCAAACUUGUAUUGAGGCAUGGUGGAAUUAUGUUUAUUAUAAUGAAUUAUUUAUUGAAAUUGUUAAAUUUCGAAACAAAAGUUCUCCAUAUAAUGAUGAUAUUAUUUGGGAAUCCACAGUUAAACUUAAUCCAG